AUGAGUGACGUAUCACCAUAUUGGAUACCUUGUAACUAUGCAAAAGGAAAAUGGGUCCCAGACAACAAACGGCCUUUGUAUUCAGGUUUUCGUUGCAAACAGUGGCUCUCUUCGAUGUGGGCUUGCCGCAUGAUGCAACGUACGGAUUUUGCAUAUGAGCAGCUUAGAUGGCAACCAAAAGAUUGUCAAAUGGAGGAGUUUGAAGGUUCUAAAUUCUUGAGAAGGAUGCAAAACAAAACUCUAGCUUUUGUGGGAGACUCAUUAGGCCGGCAGCAGUACCAGUCUAUGAUGUGCAUGGUAUCUGGAGGCGUAGAGACGAAUGAUGUUGAAGAUGUGGGUAAAGAGUAUGGAUUGAUUGUAGCUGGGGGCUCUGCCCGUCCUAAUGGGUGGGCGUAUCGUUUUUCAAGCACUAAUACUACCAUUUUGUACUACUGGUCGGCAAGCUUAUGUGAUGUUGAACCUAUUGACGUUAACAACCCAAAAACAGAUUAUGCAAUGCACCUUGAUCGUCCCCCAGCAUUCCUGCGUCAAUUUCUACACAAGUUUGAUGUCCUGGUUCUCAACACUGGUCAUCACUGGAAUCGAGGAAAACUAAAUGCCAAUCGAUGGGUAAUGCAUGUUGGUGGAGUGCCAAAUACAGAUAGGAAGCUAGCAGUGAUUUGGGCUGCCAAGAAUCUUACGAUUCGCAGCGUUGUUAGUUGGGUGGAUUCGCAGCUACCAAAACAUCCAGGUUUGAAGGUAUUUUUCCGUACCAUUUCUCCUAGGCAUUUUUUCGGCGGGGAAUGGAACACAGGAGGAAGUUGUGACAACACUAAACCAAUGUCGGUGGGAAAAGAAAUACUGGAAGAGGAGUCCAGUGACCCAGUUACUGCAAGUGCGGUGAAGGGAACACGAGUCAAGCUCUUGGACAUAACAGGUCCUUCUCAGCUUAGGGACGAGGGUCAUAUAUCGCGGUACAGCUUAACAGCAAAGCCUGGUAUGCAAGAUUGUUUACACUGGUGUUUACCGGGUGUUCCUGAUACAUGGAAUGAAAUGCUUUUUGCUCAAAUCUAG